UUAUGCUACAAAAGAACUGCCUCGUAUCGUGUAUCGAUAAUUUUUUCCAAAACAAAAGAAAUGUCGAUAUAUCUUGUGAAUCUCGAAUUUAUAUUUUAAAAGUUUUAUAAGAACUUCAAAACGGAAAUAGAAAUUUUAGCAUAAUUGUAAUACUAAUCUUAUCAUAUGUAAUUAGUUAACUAAUUCCAUAUCUUGAAAAAUUUAUAUUCUAUUUAAUUAUAUACUCUGAUCUUAACAAUACAUCAUGCGUUAUUCACAAAAUAUAAUUUUUUUUGAGUGAAUGCAUAUUUCCAAAAUAAAGCAUGGAGAAAUAUAUUGUCAACGGGCAGAUCGGCGAGGGAGCGCAGGGCCUGGUUCUGAAAGCGCACGAUACAGUCAGAGAUCAAGAAGUGGCGCUCAAAAAGAUCUUGAUCAAAAGAACCGAGGGUGGUUUACCCGUGUCCAUUAUACGCGAAGUGAAAAGUUUACAACAGCUUAAACAUCCUUACGUCGUUGAAUUGCUGGAUGCUUUUCCGAACGGGUUGGACUUUGUGAUGGUAUUCGAAUACACGCCGACAGGCUUGUGGGAAAUAUUGAGAGAUACCGACAUAUCGUUAACACCGGUGCAAAUUAAAACGUAUAUAAAGAUGUUGCUGGAAGGUAUAGCGUAUGUACAUGGAAAAAAUAUAAUACACAGGGAUCUGAAGCCUGCAAAUUUACUGAUCAGCGAUAAGGGUAUCUUGAAAAUUGCGGAUUUCGGCUUGAGCAGGUUGAUGUGGACGGACAGCACGAAGCCGUAUUCGCAUCAAGUUGCGACACGAUGGUACCGAGCGCCGGAAUUGCUUUACGGUGCUCGAUAUUACACGUCAUCCAUCGAUAUGUGGUCGAUCGGUUGCAUAUUCGGCGAGAUGUUGAACACUUCUCCGUUAUUUCCUGGUGAAACCGACAUUGAACAACUGGCGAUAGUUCUGAGGCAUUUGGGAUCACCCACAUCCGAAUCGUGGCCGGAAUUGACCGCAUUGCCGGAUUACAACAAAAUUACCUUUCCGUAUCACAAAGCUGCGACGUGGGAAAAUAUCAUUCAAGAUGCACAACCGGAGGCUAUCGAUUUGAUUAGACAGAUCUUGAUUUACAAUUCGUCAAAACGUCUUACAGCUAAACAGGUAACACACAAUUGUUUUUUCUUUCGUAUGUAUAUGUAUGUCUGUAUAUGCGUGAAUGUAAUAAAAAAAAUUGUUACAGGCGUUGUGUCACAAGUACUUUUACUCCAGACCGUAUCCGUCAACAAUGAGUCUGAUCAAACCACCGCAGGAUCAUCGUCUUCGCGUAAGACCGAAAGAAAUCAAUCCGAACGUGCAACCAACCACGCUGUUUGAAAAUCUUCUAAGCAUCCUAUG